UAAAUAGAGAUCGGAAUGUAUAAUAUGAGGUCACCAGUUGAUAUUUUUAAUUAUGUCUAUGAAAACGACCUCCUCCUCAUAACGUCGAUUCAUGUGCAUCUUCUGUGUUUGCAUUAAACUCCCUCUUUACUUAUCUCUCUCUCUUAAACUUUUUCCUUCUCCACCAAAACAUCUUACUCUCUUUUCUCUCUUUCUCCUUCCCCAUAUCAAGCAAUGUCGACGAGCCACCUGAACCGUCUGAUCUCGAUCUUUGUCCUCCUCCUCGUCUUCUUACUUCUCUCCGCUUCUCCAACCGCUGAAGUAAACCGGAAGACAUCAAGAAACUUCUCUUACCGAACUCAACGAUUCGUCCCGAGCGUUCACCACCCGUAUUACGUGACUCCCAGCGGUUCUUGUGACACUUUCUCUCGUACGUACGCGAGGUCUAUGUGCCUUGAGCUUCAAAGAAUCCACCGUAGCAGCAGGACGCAGCCACUUCCUCCUCCGCUGGAGAUCGACCCAAUGUACGGAGUCGAUAAAAGACUCGUCCCCUCCGGUCCAAAUCCUCUUCACAACUAAAGUACCCUUAUAUACAUCCCCAGCUGUAUACAUAUAUAUAUAGAGAGAGAGAAACCCUAGCUAGUUACAUAUUUUAUAGCCUGACACGUUUCUUGGAGUAUACACUACUUGUGUCGAGAGAUCCGUGUGUUAUUCAGUAGAGAUUUCUUUUUUUUUUUCCUGAAGACGAAGGUUCGAUCAUUUCUUCACUGCGGGAGCAUUCUUGAAUCUUGAAUAUUUUACUCUCAAAUGAUUCUACGUUAUGAGAGAGGGGGAGAUGAUGUUUGUUACUAUUUCCACGUUUGUUUUCUUUAAGACUUGUUGUAUGAGUGUGUAAACAACCUUGGAAAUAGUCUAAUUCUUUCUUGCAAUGUCUAACUUUCUAUUUUUCUGCAUUUUUUUUUCUUCUUCUUUCUGCUUAUAAUAUUCAUGAAUGUUUAAAGGAAAAAGAUUUAUUGUACCGUAGUAUAUAUGGUUGGG